AUGGGUGCACCUCUGAAAACAUACGGACGUGUCCGAGAAGCGAGCCCGGGCACCAGCACCGAGUCUGCUCCACUCUCCAACUCACCCCUGUUGUCACCCAAUUCGCGGGUCAAAAAGCUGCUGGCUGAUCUUGGAGAAAGCAGUGACGAGGAGGAGGACGUGGAGCAACUGCGAAGCAAGUUUCUGAGCAAGAAAGAACAGAAGGAUCAGGCCGCAGCCGAGUCGUCGCCUUUAAUGAACCGAACAAGGGCGUUGAAUGGUAAAUUACCUAGCAAGUCGAUUUUCGACACUGCACAAGAUGAGCAAGACACUCAAGAGAUGGACACACAGGAUGACGCUGACGGAUUGGUCUUGUCCAAGCCGAUUGAGAAGGUGACAGAAAAGGUUGCCUUUUCUGAUGUUGAUUCCAUGGCAGACACUCAGCCUGACUUUGAGGAGACUCAGCCAGAUGAAGAUAACGACAUUGCUGCAGACAUGGCUACCGGUGGAGAAUCAAAGACUGAUUUUCCUUCACCUAUGGCUUCCCCAUCUCUGUCUCUUGCAUCACCCUCUCCUAUUCCACCUCCUGUUGCCACCACCGCAGCUACAAACACUACAUCUGCUACUACUCGUGAUGCAGCCCCCUCUGCACGACCACGAAGAAACCGAGUCAUUGCAGACUCCGACUCGGAAGACGAUCUGCGUUCGUCCAAUUUACCUUCCUCGACUUUGGACUCUAACCCCCACGAAGGAAUGGGACUCAAGAAGACCCUGUCUGACUUAUCGGACCUUUCUGGCUCCGAAAACGAAUCGGAAUCCGAGCAUGGAUCCGAGGACGAGUCGCAACAGCGAGUCAAUGCACUCAAGGAGCGUCUCGCAUCUACCGUGGACGAGCUGGACCCCUUUGAGGACGCAGACGUGUCUGUCAUUAGUUCCCAGAAACCCACUCGAAAGGCCAGCAAGAAAGCUCUGGAGGAAAUCGAGCGGGAAAACCAACGUAUCAAUCGGCAGCGGAACCUGGCACCGGAGGUAUACACUACGGGAUUGGUUACCAAGCAGAACCUUCUGGCUCGUUUUGGAAUGGCUCUUAAAGAGGAGGAGACGAACAGAGAGUCGGUCAUUGCAGCUCCUACUACACCUGGAAAGACAGCCACCACUUCGGUUCCUCACUCAGACGACUCGGUGAUGGAUUUCGAUCUUCUUUCCUCUCCUCUGACUUCUAAUGACCCUGGUCUUCAACCUCAAGAAGUGAAGGAGGUCCCUUUCACACCCUCCAAAAUGAUGCCUCCUUCAACCCCAUCUCUUUCUCGAUCUGUCAACAAGAAGCAGGUGAAGAAACUUGCCAAUGUGGGUGUUCAUCGUAUGGCCAGCUACAUCACCAAGCGACCCUCUCAACUGCUAUCCACCCUGUCUGAUUCCGACGAUGACCUCAUUAUUGUGCCUGACGCUGAGGCCGACAAGGUACCCGAAUCGUUCAGAAAGAUGCAGCAACAGGGAGUUCCUGUCAAGUACAGCUCUCAGAAACCUGCUGCUACCGCUGGGCCAGACUUUUUUAGCCUGAUGAAAGCCAACAUUCGCAAGCAGCAUGCGCAGAUGAAGGCCGACAGUGAACGUGAACGGCAGCAGCUAGGUCUCGUAGAUCUCACUGAGCAAGACAAGGAGGACGAGGCCGUCGAGUCGUUACUGGAACAAGCACGACGUCAGCAACAGGAGAUUGCUGAUCGUGAGAAGCGAGAGCGGAGACGAGCUCGUGAUGAGGAGUACGAUUCCGUGGCUGAAUCUGACCAUGAGUGGUUCGAUAACGACGAUGAGAGUCGUGCUGGGGUGCCUGAUUCGGAGGAUGAGGAUAGUGACGUCAACUUGUCUGACGAAGACGGUCUCCAAGCUCAACAGGCUCUAGUCGACGCAGUUAGCGGAGAUAAGGACGAAAAGGCCGAAGGUGUGGCUGAGGAUGAGGUUGAUACUCAACUUGAUUUCCCAGAAGAUACGGAGGUUAAGGAUACAGCUGCCCCUGACAGUGUCGACAACAUCAUUUCAGGUAUUACUGCAACCUCCCCAUCAUCUCCUGUAUCUGAAGUUGCCUCCCCUGUACGGGACAAUACUGCUUACCUGCGUCAAUUGGCCGAGGACGAGGCUGCUCACCAGCGUCGAGAACGUGCUCGCACUUCGACUUCGGGACUACUGGACGGAGAAGCCGAAGAGUCCGAUGACGACUGGGCUGGCCUAGGAGGCGCCAGCGACGAGGAAACCACUCGUCCCGAAGAUCUGGCUGAGAUUGGCCAGAUGGUAGACGAUACAAAGACCGGUGCCGAUCGGGAAAACUACGCUGCCAACCGGCAGUACGAUCUGCAGAAGGACCUUGAUGAUGACGCCAAGCAGGUGGAGAAGCUGCUGGACGACGUAACCAAUGGUGGUUUGCGUCGUAAGCGGGCCAACAAUCUGGAUCUCGACUUUUCCGACUCUGAAGACGAGGACGAGAUGCGAAGAAAGCGUCGAAUUCUGUCUGAGCGAAAGAAGAAGCGAAUGCUCGAGGCUGGCAACCUGGAGGAUCUGGCCAAGAAUCCCGAAGCUGCGGCUUUCAUCAGAGCCAUGCAGGAUACCGACAGUGAAGAGGAGGAUGAAGAUGUGUUUGCUUUGCCCACAAAGCCUGCAGCUUUGAAACGGGAGGGUCCCGCACAGACUAAAAAGAAACCGUCAAUUCAGGAAACUCUGUCGUUCCUGUGUGAGGAGUCUGUUGAGAUGCCUCCUUCUUCUCCUGGAGGCAAUUCGGACAUGGAGUCAGACGACGAUCUCAUUAUCACUGGACAAACACACUCGACUAUUGAUCUCACAGCUUCUCGACAAGACACAGUUAUGGAUGAUCAUGACGAUGAAGACUACCUUGAACGACUGGGACCUUCUCGAAACGUGGUUGUGCGAGAAGCUGAGGACGACGAGGAGCUCAAGACCAUCAUUGGACCCAACGGUAACUUCCAUGGUCUGAUUCGAAAGAAGAAGCAGCCGUCUAUGACUACUUCAUCUACCGAGUCUGUGUCCAAGAAGAAGAACGCCAGGUACUUGCAACAGCAGGAGUCCGAGACCCAGAAGCAACAGAGUCUCAAGAACCGGUUCCUGGCAAAGUUCAAGUCGGUGGGUAGUAAGCCCAAGUCCCAGAGUUAUAUGAAGGGUGGUAGUUUUUACUAG